GAGGAUAGCUGUGCUGACCGAUACCCUAUACUGAGCCCCAUGUGCCCUUUAAGUCCCGGAGACAGAUCCCCGCGACACCCGCUGCAGAAGAUGGGUUUUCCUUCUCCCACCUAUGAUGCAACAUCGCCUUCAAUACAGCCUCCUGUUUAUCUGAGAGGACUGAAGAGCAGAAACAGGCUGAGCCAGGUUUUGACGGUGGAGCAGCAGAGGGCGCUGUUUCGCCUUACCGCCAUCGUCAAGGGCUUCCUGAUCAGACGACUGCUGAAAACUGAGAAAGUUAAAAACCUGCGGCAGACGGUACAGGACACGCAGGAGUUCAUCAGUUCGUUCAGCAGUAAUCUGUCAGAGCAGGAUCUGUGUCUGCAGGAGCGUGUCAGAGCCCAGCUACGUGCGGCCUUGUUUGAUAUUCAUGAUAUCUUUUUCACACUCACACUAGAGGAGCGUUUGACUCUGAUCCAACAAGACAGAGAGUUACGCACUGAGAGGAAACUCAGAGAAAUGGAAAAAGCAAAAAGCCCUAAAGACAAGGUGAUUUUCUCUGCUGCUACCCAGAAAUCUCUCGACAGAAAGAAGAGAGUUGGUGAAUCUCCAGUCCAGACCAGAAGAGCUCAGAAAACCAAGAGUCCUCCUACAAAAAGGAUCCUGCAGCCCAGUCAAGGCCAGAAUGCUCCAGUUUCAGGCCAGCAGCUUCUGCGUCGAGGGAGCUACAAAAAGACUCCAGAGGAGAGAGUUCAGCAUUCGGAGAGGUUGAAGAAACAGCAUUCACUAGGCUGACCCCGCAUCAACCCAACAUGGAAAUUAAUAUUGUGAUGAACUUAGACAAACUUCUAAAAAAAUUCCCCCGGCCCGGCAUCUCGUCCAAUCAUCACCAUUAUUAAAUGUCAUCAAUAUCUAGUUCUUCCUGCUUCUAAUGCAUCAUACUGCAUUUAAUCAAGAAAUAGAUCUGGAUAAUAUUUCAUAUAGGAUACAAAACAUUAUAAUCCAUAAUUAUAUCAAAAUACUGCCAGAACAUUACUGUCUACGCUACCUGACAAAAGUCUUGUCGUCGAUCUCAGUUGUAAGAGCAACAGA